CCCCCCUCUUCUUUUUUUUUUUAGUUGUUGUUCCAAGGUGUUUGCUCCCAUACCCUCCUUCGUUCCAAGCCGAGAUAGACGCGAUCAAAGCUUUCUGCCCUUACGUUUGGCCAGGUACCGAGUCGAAAAAGGGGCGUUCAAGGAAGACCUCCGAUCCUCGAAGAAAGACAGCCGGGACGAUGGGUAAGAUGAAUUUGAGUGUUCCCAACGCGUCUGCUCGUUAUCGCCGAGCUCCGGAGCCGCUGCCUCGUUCCGCUCCCCGUCAAGAUGCUCGUCCGGGUGCCAAUCCUCCAAGCUCUGGCUCGUCAAAAAGGGUUUCUCCUUCCUCUCGUCGGGUUGUGGACGACCCUUCAAGGAUGCGUCCAAGAUCCCUUCCUCCGAAUCGUCAUAUUGGUCCAGAGGAGACACUUCCAAGGAAGAAGGUGGUCGGGACUCCUGGUCGCGUCGCCGAAGUGGCGAAAGAUUUGCAGAAAAGGAAGGAUGGUCCCGAACAAGAGCAGUCUCCCCCAUCAAAGAAGUCUAAGUCGGUCGACUUUAGUUGGAACUUUACGCAUUCCUCCGGAUGGACUCGCGGUCUUGCGCCGAGUUAUUUCGGAAGAUCCACUUUGGUGAAGGUCGUCUUCCUGCAGUUGAGAAGAUGAAAGAGGCCGACGCGGUUACCGAC